GCUACGAAAGUAAAGUGACGUUUUCCAAUCGUAUUUUCUUAAUUAUCUUAAUCAGUUUUUUCAGUUUUUAAACAAAAUGUAAACUAUACGAACAUUAACAUUCAGUAUUUCAACAUGAACUUAUCUCUUUCCGAAAAUGUUGAUUAAAAAUGUGCCCACUUUGAAUAGUGAUUCUCCUAUUUCAUUUUAAGCUAGCAUUUGUUUUCAUUGAAUUUCUUAAUGUAAAAAUAUGACUUCGGACAGUGAGAACCCAAAUUCAAGUGCUAGACAAAAACGUCUAAUUGUGUAUGAGGAUUCCUCUAGUGACAGCUCGAUAGGAAAUCCACCCAGAAAAAGGAAAACUUUGUAUUUACAAGAAUCAGAUUCGGAAUCGGAUAGUGAUUCUUCAAAUGGAAGCGAUAAUGAGGAAGGUGUAGAUCAGGCGUCCGAAAGUUCCAAUUCUGAGAUUGUUCGAAGAGUAAAGAAGAAGGCAAAAAUUGAAUCCGACAAUGAUAGCAGCGAGUCAGACCAAGAAAACUCUCCCAAACCUUCUUCUUCACAGAAUAUACAGAUAGACGAGGAGAGUUCAUCAUCUGAUAGCGGUGAUGAUCAGACGGAGAAGUGUCCAAUUUGUUUAGCAUCGUUUAAAAACCAAGAAGUCGGGUCACCUGAGGCGUGUGACCACAGCUUUUGCUCGGAGUGCAUACAGGAAUGGGCUAAAAGUGUUAAUACUUGCCCAGUUGACCGUAAGAAAUUCGAUUUAAUUAUCGUGCGAAGUAGCUAUACCGGCAAAUACAUUAAAAGUGUCGAUAUACCUGAACCAAACGGAAUAGUGGCAGAUAUUUAUGAGCCGGAACUAGAUUUAACUCCUUGCGAAAUAUGUGGGUCGUCACUUCAGGAGGAUAGAUUGUUGUUAUGUGACGGAUGCGAUCUCGCUUACCAUUUAGAAUGCCUCGAUCCUCCUCUGACUGAGGUCCCCGAGGGAGAAUGGUUUUGUCCAUCGUGCAGAAGAACAACCAAUGUGGUUGAAAUUGUCAACUUGAGCUUCUAUUUGGGAGAUGAAGAAACAGAUGCAGUUGUCAACACUAAUCAACGACAUGGAGCUCCAAGAUUACCACGGACGCGGCAGAAUGAACGCAUUAGAACUAGAAUUGUAACACAACGUCAUAAUAAUGAAACCAGUGACGAGUUGGUUGAAUCCAAUGCAGAAGGACCCGCGCGUCCUUCUCGACCGAGAUCGAAUGCAGUUACUUCUACCACUCGCAGAAAGAAACCUAUCAAAAGGAAAAAGAAAUGCAAAAAGUCUAAGAAACAACCUCGAUAUAAAAUUAUGUAUGAUAUUGAUGAGGUAACUGGUGAAAAGAUCGCCAUUAAACAAAGAGUGCACAAAUAUAGAAAGAAGAAAAGGAGGAAGGCGAAGCGAAAGGUUCGAAGGGUGAUCGUUCCAAAAAGCGUUAAAAAUCGGUUGGCGAGACAGCUUGGAAUUCGUCCACCUAAAAAAGCGGGUCAAAGUCUUCCUGAAAUGAAGGUACAAAUAAAUUCUGGAGAUAUUGGACAUCGAAGAACUCAAGCCGGAAUUCCGACAUUACACCUGUUCGGCCAAAGAGACGAAUUAGAUUACUUCUCCGGAUCUGAUUCAGGUGGUGAGGGUGCGGGAAUAAAUAUUAUCGUUGGUCGUAGACCAAAUAGGUCUGACAGUUCUAUGCUGAGACGAGCCGCUCGAAAUAAAGCAGCUCUUUUGCCACACUCAAGUCCCGGUACAUCGAUUGACAUAUUGGGAAGCAUUUUGGAUACGCAAACUAAAUUACACGCUAGAAAUAGUAAAAUUUCUGUGAGAAGUGACGGUAGUUUAAAAAUCGAUAUAGACAAGAAAACACCUGCAAGGGAAACAUCUAUAACAAUCAAAGAUCAAAAAGUAAAAAUUCGUCAAACUCCUAUGGAGCCUAGUACCAGUAGCAGUGGAGGUCCCUCCAAGGACUAUAGCAGCAAUCAAUACAAUGGCGGCGCAAGUUUUCAGUCGCACGAGAAUAACCUACCGACCUCUACAGUUGAACAUGCCGGAUCAUCAACCAGCAAUCACUUUAGAGACGAUGACAAUAACGAAAUUCCACAAGAUUAUUCUUUACAUCGAUAUGAGGGUUGCAAUAAGAAAGAAUUUAAAAGUAAAGAUAGUGAUAAAUGGAGCGACGAUGAAAAUGACCAAAGUGAUUCCGAAUUGGACAUUUACAGUGAUAUAGAAACAGUGAGCACUAGCAAAAUUGAAGAACCGGAAAUAAAAUUUCCUUCACCUCCACCACUUCAAAUGGCGAAUGUAACGCACGCCGGCGAUGAUGAUAACGAAAGUGAUAAUGAUCUUGUCAUUGACACUGAAAAGUCUGAUCCUGAGAAAUAUGAUCCAGAAGCAGCAUUUGAAAGUGACGAAGAUACAAAGGAAGAAGCAGUUACAUCUACAAGUGAAUCAGCAACCAUGGCAAAACGUAUCGAUUUUACUCCAAGACAGUGGAAUUCAGAAAUACAGUCUGAAACUGUACAGUCCUCGAAUCAACAUGAAUGCCCACCUGUUAGCAAUAAUGAUUAUCACCAAAACGAUUAUGGCCGCGAGGAAGUCGAUGAAUUGGAAGAUGAUUGUCCAAAUUUUAAUAUCUAUUCCAGCGAAAGUAUUAGCCUAGCAAAACAAAAUGAUUUUAAUAUCUUAGUUGCAAAUAAAGAAGACGAUAGCCAAGUUGAAGAUGGAAAAGAAGCUAGAGAUGAAAGAGAAGAUGAAGAUGAAAAAGCAGCGGAAGAUUCAAGUAAAAAAAGAGAAGAAAUUGCAAAUGUUCCCCUUCCCAGUGAACCUGUACGGAUUGAGAAAUUGAAAAAAAAUAAAAUGUUUUCUUCAGGUCUCUAUAGUGAUUCUGAAGACGAAGCUGUAAUAAAAUUCACUCCUCAAGAACCGUUUGGUAUCGGUGAUAUUAGAAAUAUGACCGAAGAUAUUAGUGAAGAGGAAAGAAGUUAUACGCCAUGUUUGGAUGAGAAAGAACCGGGAAAGGAAGGUUUAGAGGGUUUAGACACAGAAAUGAUAUCCGAUGAUGACAAAAAUGAUUUUGAAGAAUCUCAAGAACAAGAAUUGAAAACGAUCUCCGAUGGAGAUGCUUUAGAAAUAAAUGCGAAAGAAUCGGAACUCGAUUUUACUCGUCCAGAAGAAUGCGAGGAAGGCGAAAUAGUAGACAAAACCAAAAACAAACCCACCGAAGACACGAUCAACAUGAGCGAAGAAGUAGCUUCACCUGCACAUUCUCCGCCGAACGAUAAUAAUAAAGAAAACGAAGAAACUUACAAAGAGCCAGUGUUCAAAAAACUAAGCAAAAACAAUAAGGAUCGAAAUUACCGUGACAAAGAUAAUAAAGUGCGUAGCAAAUCGAAAGAAAAAAGAGAGAAGGCUAGUAAAGAAAAGAAGGGAAAAGGUAAACGCAAGGAAAAAAGAAAAGAAAUUGCGAGAUACGAUGUACGUUCUGUGGUCGAGGCAAAGCCCAAACGCGACAAAUUUGGUAGGGAUCCAACUCGCCGGCCGUCUUAUUCUUCAAGCAAAUCUACCUCGCCACCUCGAAGAUUCGGACGGGACGAGUUUAGAAAAUCCCCAUCGAGAUCCAGUAGAUCCAUGUCUCCUCGAGGUUUUCCUAGAGAAGAACUUCAUCGCAGAUCGCCGUCAUACUCUAGCAGAUCCAAAUCGCCUAUCCGAAAAUCGCCUUCAAAAACCAGAAAAUCCAAAACACCAGAAAGGAUGAGAAAAAGGCGACGAUCAUUCUCAAGAUCAGUGUCACGUGGACGUAAAAGGGCUAGGUCUAAGCCAAGAAAACGAAGAUUGUCAAUUGCUAGAGAAAUGCGUCAACCUGAGAGGAAAACUCCUGAUCGAUCUAAACGUAAAGGCAAAAAACAAAAAAGUCGUUCGCGGUCUCCGCAGGUACCGCGGCAAAGGAAUUGGCAGAGGCAGGCCAGGGGAUGGACUCCCUCUUUGUCUCGUUCAAGAUCUCCCGAACACAGACAUUUAACACCUUCAUGGACGCCACCUCGAAUAAUGAAUCCAGUUAGACCGCAAAAUUUAACAGUAAUACUGCCGAAUGUCUCAAAUAAGAAACGAAAAGAGAAACGAAAAGACAGGCCGAAAAAGGGCAAAGAGUCAAGUGACAAACAAAAACGGCGGCGGCGAAACAGAUCGCCUGUACCUUCCAAGGAAGUAUUUGCAUCCGGUAACAACAUUUUAGUAAGUGUUAGUUUUAACAAGGACAUCGAAGAAGGGCGGCGUAGAAAUGUCACUCAAGAGUUAACUACGAAACGGCUACGUAAGGAUAAGGAAAAGCAAGUCAAGAGAGUGAGGCGGUCCAUGAAAAACACGUCACAUAUAAAACCGGUGGCAAUUAUUGAUUUGGAAAGGUCGCCGUUUAGGGAAAUAACGCCACAAAAUGAUGUUAUUGUAUUGACAGAUAGUGAAAAUGCGGAUACCGACGACAUAAUUGGUAUCCAAACAUCCCACAGGCGUGAAAGCUCAGAGCAAACCACCACUGCAGAACGAAUUUCUAAUAACAACUAUAUUAACAGUAUGGGUCCUAAAACGCCACCAGAACCACAAGUGAAAUUUACAUUCACCUCAAAACAAUCACAAUUGAGAGCAAUUACCAAUCCAUUGCAUGAAGCAGAAGAAGAAGAGAUAGAUCCUCAAGAGGAAUUAGAAAAUAGACUUAAUGAAGUUAUGCAUAAAGGCCCCAAUACUCCACCAGAACCACCUAAUUCACCACCAAGCUCACCAGAUGCAUAUGAUCCAUUCGAUCCUACAAAAUCACGAACGCCCACGCCCGAACCAACAGAAGUUAAUGUGCAGUCUAAUACAAACCAAAGUAUGGAGGAUACGCAAGAAGAUUUAGCAGAUCAAUCGUCCGUGAUAGAUAUUACAGAUAAAGCCAGUCCAUCGGCGGUUGUCGCUUCUAAAUCCCAUACACCUCCGAUACCAACCCCAGAUAUUCAACCGGCCGACUCACAAAGUAGUGUUCGCGCUAUUACUCCUGAUACUAACAUCGGCAGUUCACCCGAAAGACCUAUAGGAGUAGUCAUUAAUCAAUUGGUUCAGCCCCUCCCUUCGAUUUUCCCGAAUGCUUCAAAAUCGGCAUCAUCUACAGUGUAUUCGUCGGGUUCCACGUCACUGAUCACUUCCACUCCUGUUUCUUCAAAUUUAUCUGUCUCGCGAAACAAUUUAAAUUCUUCUGUGAUAACUGCAUCGACAGUCACCUCUUCUGUUUCUCAAAGAAUCGGUUUACCUACAGCCGCCAAACUCAGUCCUAUUAACAAAGUUUCACCAACAAAACAAUCGGCAAAAAUGACUGUCAAACUGUUGCCAACCAAAAGCGCGACGAAACAGGCGAGCACCAAGGGAGGAUGGAAAUCGAAAAGCAAGAGCAAUGAAAACAAUGACGCAAAUCUCGAUUUCGAAUCUCCGUAUUCGCCUGGAUCUAGCGAUUAUGAAGAUCUCUUUGAACCUCCACCGGAAAUGACCAACAUGAAGAGUACGAAGACGGCGCAGAGUAAGAAUACGAAAUCUCCCGCGAAAAACCAAAAUACUUUUGACACGUUAUUUGGUUCGUCGCCUGUAUACACCAACAAAAACAAGAACAAAACUAAAGCUAAGGUUAAGAAACCCAAUCAGCACAGUAAAGGUACAAGGCAAGUUGGAGUAAAACUCGAUGAAGACAAUCUUAAGAUUCUGGAUGAGCUACCAAAUUCUGCAGUAGAAAUGCAAGUUAAGGAUAAGUUCUUGAAGAAACUUAAUCGCCAAGAGAGGGUUGUCGAGGAAGUUAAAUUUGUAUUGAAACCACACUAUAAUAAAAAGAGACUGACAAAGGAAGAAUAUAAGGACAUAUUAAGACGAGCUGUGCCAAAGAUAUGUCAUAAUAAAACGGGAGAAAUUAAUCCUAAAAGAAUUCAGCGGUUAGUUGAGGCUUAUAUUAAAAAAGUCAGACAUAAUAAGAAGGUGACAUCUAGUAGCUCCGUAAAUCCUCAAAAGCCAACUACCAACGCCCAAAAAACAGAGGUCGUUUCAAACUGGCUUUCCAAACUAAGUUAAUGUUCAAAAUAAGAUAACUGUGUUGAUAAAUAACGUUUUUAUUUGUGGCAGAAUUGAUUUUAUUGAAUUGACCUUUUUUAUUGUAAAUAUUGCAUAUUUAUAUUAGGAUCAGCGUUUUAGUGAUUUAUUUUAUUUCAGUCUGUUUAGAAUAUUAUAUUAAGUGUGCAACUAUGUGUAUUAAAUACAUUUUAUUUA